AUGGUGACUCUGCGUUUGGAAGGGGAUGUCAAUGUUUGUGUCAGUAUGUUUGAUGAUCGUGCUGUAACUUUUCAAACUAAGUUUGACGAGCACAUCUCUGAGCCAAAGGUUAUACUCUUUACAAGCAUCAAUCCCAAAGUUGUUGGAGGGAAGCUUUUUCUCAACGCUACAUCUUGUACCCACUUUUAUUUUGACUGUGAAACAUCAGCUGGAAAAGAGCAUUAUGAAAGGCUGGUUGGUGAUGGAGCCAAUGCGAGCUCUUCUAAAUCAAAAGUGGUCUCUGCUCAGAAAAUCGAGCCCUUGACCGUUGCUGAACUGAACCAAUAUGUCCUUGCCGCUGACCCACAUAAUAUUGAGUUUUUGUGCAAGGUCGAGGUGACCAGUCUUCAGUCGGAGAAGGGAUGGUGCUAUAUUGGAUGCUCCAAAUGCGCAAAGAAGCUUCAGCGGGAUGAAACAUCUUUCACUUGUCUCUCAUGUGAUAGGAAAAACGCUACGGGUGUAUUAAGGUAUCGGGUGGAGUUCUCGGUGGCGGACCAUACGGAUGAGGCUGUAUUUGUAGCAUUUGAUACAGAGAUUGCUAAGCUAACCAACAUCCAAGCAUCUGAGGCUGCACAUGUUUUGGGUGUGGGUGUGAAUGCUAGGGUCGACAGCGACUUCCCUCCGUUCUUGAAUGAAGUAGUUGGAAAAACUUUCACUUUCCAGCUCAAGUUGGGUGAGUUCAACUUCAUCUCCAAGCACCAGAGCUUCACUGUCUCCCGUAUAAUAAGUGAACACGAGAGAGCGCCAUUGCCAGCGUUUGUUAACGAUGGGGGUGAUCAUGGGCCCGAUGACAAUGGAGAUGGUGCCGUUGGUGUGGCACCAAAAAUUGAUGAGAGUACCGUUGUCAGCAACAGGGGGGGUGAUCAUGGGCCCGAUGACAAUGGAGAUGGUGCCGUUGGUGUGGCACCAAAAAUUGAUGAGAGUACCGUUGUCAGCAACAAUGCAUCGGCAUCAAAUGUCCCAUAUCACGGUUCUCAGGCUGCAAACAAACAGAAGCUUGUCAACGAUGGGAACGUGAAGAAGAAGGCACGCAAGGAGUAG